CAAGAAUAAUUAGUUCGAUAAAACAUUACUGCUUCCGGCAAUUACAGUGCGUAGAUAGCGGAGCCGUGAGCAGUCGUGCCCAGUCAGUGUGCGUCGUAGCAGUAUUGGCAGUGAGUGCGAACCAAUUGUCGAGCAUGUCGAACGCGGCGGCUGAUUCCUCUCGCGUGGCGUGGCCCAGGAUCUACCUGUUUGGAGACACGUUGACGCAGUCUGCCUUCAACAUCGGUGGUUGGGGAUCAGUUAUCGCAGAGUCCUUUUCGAGGCGUUGCGAUGUGCUGGCUCGCGGCCUGUGCGGCUACAACACUCGGGCGUGGAGGCACGCAUUGCCCCUCGUGCUGGGUCCCGAUGACGCCCGCAGUGUGGCCGCACUCGUCCUGAUGCUCGGCACCAGCGACAGCGCCGAUCCGCGCGACCCCGAGGCAACGCACGUACCGCUGGACGAGUACGCUGACAACGUGGCCCACAUGCUCGACUACAUCAAGGCAUGCGGCAUUUCCUACGGCAAGAUAAUCCUCGUGACACCUCCCCCGAUCGACGAGCAGCUGUGGUUGGCCCAUAGCAAGAGACGAGGUAUCGUUCACCGGCUGUUUGCUUAGC